GAACGUUUGGUGUAACGGUGGGUGUAACGAGUCUGGGAAGGGCACAGAACACAUAAGACUGGGGGGUAGGGGGAAAACUCAAACCGAAAAUAUUAACAAACCGUCUUUAUUAAUUUUUUGAACAAUCUUUAAGGAAAACUACUAUUCCAGAUUUGUUACUUAAAAGAAGGUGCUUUGACUUUUGGAAGGUGGUUUAAAGUUAAAUUUAGCGAAAUUUCACAAAUGAUGUUUGGAUUUGGAGAUAGUCAUUCUCCGAAUCCAGAUACUGUGCGUCUUGUGGAAAGCAUCUUAUUGAAGCAACUAAGAACAUUGAUUCAAGAGGCACUUAAGUAUAGUGAUGGAAAGAACCUAGGCGGAGAGGAACUCGUGUUUUUGAUGCGACAUAGUAAGCAAAAAAUGAGAAGGUUUGUUACAUACUUACGAAACAAGCAAAAUAAAAUGAUACUUCAGCAACCAGUAGGGUCUAGCACUAUCCAACUAGUUGAUACACCCAAAGGACCCUUAAUGGAGUUUAUAGAAAGGAUAGAUGAGACAGGAGAAUUCACUGACUUAACAGAGUUUGAUGAAGUAAAGUUGGAAAGGCAGUUGAGAGCAGAUAGGAUAUCACAAGCAUUAGAUGAAAAAAGAUAUUUAGAGUUUUGUAAGGCUAGAUGUAGGUCCUUCACCAGCAAUUACACAAUUCAGAGGAGCUUAGAGAAACUUAGGCUGUGGGUUGACCCUAAAAAGGAAAUUAACUUCAAAGGAGAAGCAUUAGAUGUAUUAGCAUAUUAUGCAUAUCAGACUAUAGCAGAAAUAGUUGACUAUGCAUUAUUAGUGAGAAUGGAUACUAAAAGUGGAAGCAACCCCUUUGACCACAUCCCAGGUUCCUAUUACACAGCAACAAUGUUCAAUGGGAAGCAUCAGUUUCAAGAAGACAACCCCGACUAUAGUAAGGUACAUAGUAGUCAACCACAGAUUACAGUAAAUGAGAUAAGAGAGGUGAUGAGGCGUGUUCACACUCCGCAAGCUGGGAAACUAAAUUUUGGAGGUCCAAUUCCUGAAACACAUUUCUUAUUUGCUCUUUAAAUACUCCAAGUAACUUACUGAACAAAUAUGAGUAUCAGAAAUCUAUUUAAAGGUUUUUUUACAAUGCCCGGACACCGCGGCUGCCAUGAGCAGCUUGAAGAAACUUUGUUAAUCCGAUUUUUGAACUGUCUAAUAGGUUUUGAUAACUGCUUUUAUUUAUUUAGUAGCUUGGUAACAAAUAUUUAAUAAAAUACCUCACAGAUUCGCAGUGAUGAACAUAUUUUGAUUUUUAUUUAUGGACGAGUACGAGAUAAAGGGGAAUAUUGUUAAUAAGGGAAAAUGAGGUCAAAAAGUGGCAAUGCCAAUGUGCAGUUUAUUUUGAACAGUUCAUUUUUAAAUCCUAUAUCAAAUAAGCUGAGAAAAAAUAGAAACGUUGUUGGGAAAAUUCGUUUCCUUUUCCGUGUAUCGCUGGAGAUAUUGGAAGCGUCAAACCUUUUCAAAUGCAUUUUCUAAAAUAUGUAAAUACGCAUAUUGCUACCAUUCAACCUACCUGUAUCUCUUACUGUUUCGGAGAUUACACGAGACAAUAUGAUAAAUAUCAUUCUGGAGCAAACUUGGUACAUAUCCGCCUACAUAUUCUAUAUAACUAUUUUUGGGUAUAUCUCAUAUACAUUCUCAAGUGUUGCUUUCAAGUAUUGCAACUUCAAAUAUUACUUAAAAAAGCAUCUCGCGCAAUGUUUGCUUAAAGUUUCAAAAAAGCAAUCCUUGAAGUUUUGAAUUGUCAAAUCAUCGUGGAAGACUCUGUAUAAAUGAAAUGCAAAUAGAAAGACAGAUAUCAAGCAUGUAGAUAUGAUUUGCGGAACUUCCACCAAAAAUUUUUUUAUGGUGCUCCCCUUCCGUUUUGAGCUGGGGACGCCCAUGUAGCCUAGUAAUAAAUAUUUAAUAAAACACUUCACAAAUCCACAGUGAUGAACAUAUUAUGCUUUUUAUUUAUGAAGGAGUACGAGAUAAAUAGAAAUAUUUUAGUAUGGGAAAACGUGCACAGACAUUUGACGUCAAAAAUAAGAGGCUUUUAUAAGUGAGAGAAUCCAGACAUGCACCAAAAACUAAUAUUCUACUCUGCAGCCUGCAUAUCUUCAGUCUUUACAUCACAUGUUGUGGUCAGACAAAAGUCACAUUAACAACCUUUGAUUAUAUCAAAAUUUGUAUGAGAGCCCCACCCAAUUCGAGGCAAAUAUUUCUGACAAAAGAAAUAAACAUGUUUUUACAACUAGUUCCAUAUCACUUAUUUCGUCGAUCUUUCUGUUUGUUGACUUAUUUUACUCUCGGAAACGGCUGCACCGAUUUGGAUGAAUUUUGGCAGCAUGGACGUAGUAGGUAAUGCUAUUCCAUUUUUGAAUGACAGCUGUAUUCAAUUUGUUUUCAUGAAAGCGGUAGUAAAUUUGUUUUCAUCGUUUCGUUACUUCAGCUUAGAGCCUAAUCAAAAACGUUAUAACGGAGCACAAAAUUUUUGGUACUUUACCGAGGAUUAUGGUUUUGACUUGUAGAAAAUUUGAAAAUAGGCAUAUGUGAAUGCAUGGGAAGUACCGAGUCAAUCUACUUCACACUAUAUUUUGCAGAAAACUUUUUUUAUUAAAUCAUCUACAGUUGAAGACGAUUUUAGAGUUUCAAGAUUUUCUGCAUCUGAACACAGUACCAAGUCUCAUAAUCAUAGGUAUUGUAGUUCUAAUCUGGAGGGUCAAAAAUAGGAAGCACUUGUAUUUUAAUAUUUCUUGACAUUUCUCCACACUAUUCGCCACGCUGUUGAUUAGAUUUGGGCCCAUAUCUGCUCACUCAUUUAAUUGGCACAAUUGCCAGCCUUUUGCCGAUUGUCAUUUCCAGUUGCUUGUAGUCGACCACAUUUGAGAGGAUGAUUAUUAUGUAAUCUUGUCAUUACAUUAUAGUCAGUUAGUGUAUCUAAUAAGCAUUUAUUUAUAUUUCCUUGAGUGGUGUAUACCAUACCAUUAAUUGGCCACAUUAUGUAUAUCAAAUGUACAGUACUGAACCUAUCCAUCGUACAGGCUUGCGCAAAAAUAGUUGUUACUAAAACGGCCGAGAUAAAAACCUGUAAAAUAUUUUCAAGAUCCUGAAAUGGCUAGGGGCGUAACUGCAAUCUUGAAUCUAAAAAAAUGAUGUUUCUGUGAAUUCGGGCGUACUAACCCAUAAAAAAUACCUGAUCUUCAAAUUCGAGGAUAAUCUGAAUCGUUUUUAUUUUUUUUCAACUAUUUUUUCUGGAAUUCUUUUUCAUUCAUCAGAAGAAAAUCACCCCUUUUGAAAAUAUUACAAAAUAUCUCUAAACAAAAGGCAUAGUUUUUGUUUAAAUACAUAAUUCACAUGAAAAGAUAAUAGAAGCAGGCCAUAGAAUACUACAAAACAAAUACCUAAUCAAAACAUAAAUAAUCCUCAAAUUGUUAAUAGUUGUCAAUAGUUUCGUGUUACUUUCAGCAAUUUUUGUGCUUACCAAUUUCGUUGUACGAACGAUGAAGCUGUUGAUACGCAGUUUAUUUUGAAUGUCAUCAGAAUUUUGCAAUAGUAAAAAGAGUUUCAGAAUAUUUUCCCGGUUUUCCUCUUGACCGUUUUAGUAAGAAUUUCUUUGUUUUGCCGCACGCAAGCCUCUACGAUGGAUAGGUUCCCAGAUACAGUACCGCGCAUUCUUAGUUGGCCACCUUGUACAUGUGAGGUCUUACCAAAUAUUUUAUUAUCUAUCCGAGUGACGUCAUAGCAUCAACGUACUGAUCAACUAAAUAGAAACAGGGUUAAGCAAUGUUUUUUAACAAACUUUGAGAAGCUGUGAUUAGACAUAAUUAAAAUAUUGACAUUGACUUAAUGAAUUAAAUUAUAAAACUUAACGUUAGCUCUAUUAUUUUUAGUCAUGUUCAGUCGCGAGUAUGAAUUCCUUAGGUAAUUAACAUUACGUAGUGCAUGGAUGUGUAUUUCUGCAGAAGCUUUAUAUUUGUUAAGACUUCUGUGCUGAUAAUGUAGUACUUCAAAAAUAUAAAUUGGAAAAGUGGAAAUAUUUGUAGAUUAUUGAAGUAAUUUGUGCACGAUGAUCUAUAACUGGAAUUUGUAAUUAUCCUUGAAGCUGUUUUUUGUAAAAUGAAAAUUUUGCUAGACAUCAUUUGUUAUGUGACUAUGAAACAUGCUGAAGAACAAGACCCGCAGGGUAUGGUUAUCGAGGCAUCUGCUUAAGAUCAAAUAAUUGUGUAGACAGUCUACACUGUAAAUAAUCAAUGUGGGAUUUCCAGUUUGAUCUGGUAUCGAGCACUAUUCCUAGACAUUUUACUGGUUCAGAUUUCACAACCCACCUGUCAGAGGAAAAUGUAAUUUUAGAAAUUGUAGAGACCCAAGUAAAUAGGCAGGUGGUACCUACAUAGCUUACAUACUGCUUCCUAUUUGACUGAUACGAACGAAAUAGCGCUAGCUCGGUAUUUCUUAUGCCAUAGUAUUCUAGUUUUGUUUUGUCAGU